AUGGCGGUCAAAUCAAACAAAGGAAAGAAGAUAAAGGAUAAAGUAUCCAAAUCAACAACAUCCUCAUCAUCUAAAAUAAAAUCAAAAUCAAAAUCAUCUCAAAAAGCUCAAUCGAAAUCAACAAAGAUAAAAAUUCAAAAAUUAAACUCAGACUUACUGGAAUUUAAUGAAAUAACAAAAUUACUAGGAAAUGAUGAUAAGGCAACUACUAAUAAAGAUGUUAAAGUAUUAGAUGCAAAACAAAUAAAUGAAGAUCUUCAAAAAGAUCAAGAAAAUAAGUUAAAGAAUAAAAAAGCAGAAAAUGAUUUAAAUAAACAAUUGGAAUUAUUAACUGAAAUGGGAUUAUAG